AUUUUUCCCAUUAACUCUGCAAGGUGUUUAAUAAAAAUUUCCCAAUAAUUCUCCAUGAGUAAAACGUAGAUUAGAUAUGACCAAAUAGAGUUUCCGAAACAUGACUAAAAAUAAUAGAAUCCAAAAUCUUGAUAACUCACCCCAAAAGCCUGAUUUUUAUGAUACAUCAUUUUUUUCCAACCAAAAUUCGGUGAAAUGGAUAUGCAACCUUGUCAACAUAGACUGAUCUUUAGUCCGUAGGCCAGAUUACUGGCAAUGAGUGGGGAAAUGUAGGUCUAAACAAAGCACCCCUCACCUAUCAAUUGAUCUGAUGAACGAAUCGAGGUCAGAGGUAGGCCUUAUUAUCUAUGCAAUCACGAUCAAGCAUUGCAUAAAUAGAUGAGUUGAACUAGAAACAUUUUCACUGCAGAAGAGAAUUAGAAGAGGGCAUUAAAGAUGUUUCUGGGCUUCUUCAACGCUAAAUACAUGGUUUUACUCUGUGCGCUGGCGAGCCUCACGUUUGCCAAACAAAGGGAGAAACAUAUGUGUGACACUGGUUUGAUAAUUUCCGAUGACUUCUAUGGCUCUCAUUCAGAGGACAUGGAGGGAAAUGGCAACAUCCACACCCGCUCACUGUCUGCAUGGACCUGGAUACCAAAGAUUUCACAAGACAGAAUACCACAGGUCAUCUAUGAAGCCCAGUGCAAAUCAGAAUAUUGCACCCUUCCUACUGGCGUGGAUGAGAGACUGAACUCUCUACCCAUAUAUCAGGACAUCCUGGUUCUGAAACAGGAUUCGAAGGACAAGAAGUGCUUCAGGACAACUUUUGAGAGAGUAAUAGUGGGCUGUACAUGUGUCUGGGCCAAAACUUCCUAAAAUGACAAGCAUGUUUCCAUGUUAGAAUGAACGUAUUUAUUUGUUCCAAUGAAGCUGAGGCAUUUUAACAGAUUUUAAUUUAUUUAGUAGACAAAACAGUUCCUGAGCUUUUUUUUUAUUAUUUUUUUUUUUUACAUGUAUUCAUUUAACUACUAAUAAAAUAUUUAAACACA